ACCCACCCCCGGAGCGGCGGCGGCGGGAAAAAUGAAGAACGAAAUUGCUGCUGUCGUCUUCUUUUUCACGAGGCUGGUUCGAAAACAUGACAAGUUGAAAAAAGAAGCCGUUGAGAGGUUUGCUGAGAAAUUGACUCAAAUACUUCAGGAGAAAUAUAAAAAUCACUGGUAUCCAGAAAAACCAUCAAAAGGACAAGCCUACAGAUGCAUUCGUGUCAAUAAGUUUCAGAGAGUUGAUCCAGAUGUCCUGAAAGCCUGUGAGAAGAGCUGCAUUUUGUACAGUGACCUGGGCUUGCCCAAAGAGCUCACACUCUGGGUGGAUCCAUGUGAGGUGUGCUGUCGGUAUGGAGAGAAAAACAAUGCAUUCAUCGUUGCCAGCUUUGAAAAUGAGGAUGAGAACAAGGAUGAGAUUUCCAAGAAAGUUAGCAGGGCUCUUGAUAAGGUGACCUCUGAUUAUCAUUCAGGAUCCUCCUCUUCAGAUGAAGAAACAAGCAAGGAAGUGGAAGUGAAACCGAGUUCAGUGACUGCAACACCAAGCCCCGUGUACCAGAUUUCAGAACUGAUAUUCCCACCUCUUCCUAUGUGGCACCCAUUGCCCAGAAAAAAGCCAGGAAUGUACCGAGGGAAUGGCCAUCAGUCUCACUACCCACCUCCUGUGCCAUUUGGUUAUCCCAACCCAGGAAGGAAGAAUAAAGCCUACCGUCCGAUUCCAGUGACCUGGGUACCUCCUCCUGGAAUGCACUGUGACCGGAAUCACUGGAUUAAUCCUCACAUGUUAGCACCUCACUAGUUCCUUUUGAUUGUGGUGAUGUCAUGUUGAAAGAAAGGAAGAAUAUACCUUAAGAUAUACUAAAAGUUCAUACUGGUAGUGAAGUUAGAUGGACCAAACCAUCAAACUUAUUUUUAUAGAAAAGUUACUGAGAAUAAUCUUUCUUAAAAAAGUAUAUAUAUGCACUUUAGAUACAUUGAAAUAGUUUGAGAAACUUUAUUAAAGUUAGUCAAGUGCCUGAGUUUUUACUAUUGGACUUAAGUAUUUAUAUAUUGUGCAUUGACUCUGUUGGAUACAAAAACACUGUAGGAGUGGGCGAUGUGUUCUAGCACCUUUGAGCAUUUACUUUAUGGAGAGUAUGUAAGUUAUUUAUAUACAAGGAAAUCUAUUUUAUGUCAUUAUUUAGAAGAAUUGCGUGAAAUCAUGUAGUUGCAAAUAAAAAGUAGUUUGAGGCAUGACAA